UAAUAGACCACUCACAGACCGGUUUCAGAUAAAUUUUACCUCGAUGAACAGACUAGUUUUCAUCUAUUUAUCUUUUCGUCUCCUACUGGAUGGUGUGGAAGAAUUUCUAAUCCUACCAACUGCUUGGUAUUACAUGAAGAAUCUUGGAGAGACAAAUACAUUUCUUGGUUUCACCUUAGCUGCUUAUUCAGCUGGGACGUUGGUUUUCGCACCAUUUAUCGGAUUUCUAGAAGUUAAAUUUCAAGCAUCAAAGGCCAUCGUUGUUAUGUGUGGUUUAGUGAAGUUAUUUGGUAAUGUUCUGUACUCGAUACCCGUCAAUGGAUAUUUUCCUUUGUUUGGGAGAUUUAUAAGUGGUAUAGGUGAAGGAACAGUUGGAGUGCUCUAUGGAGCCGUGACAAAGUGUACUACCAACGAAAAUCGUGCAAAAGCAUUUCUAUAUUUCGAAGGUCUCUACUGUAUUGGCGAAGUAUGUGGUCCAACCAUUGGAAGUCUUCUCGUAUUCAAAUUCAAUGUAUUAGGUGAGUAUGUUAAAUAA